AUGAACGACGAACGCGCAAAGUCGCUGUCCAAAGAUCACGUCGCUAACGUGUGUGUCAUGUCGGCCUUUAGGAAGUCCGAACCUAUUCAACCGCAAGACGUUCCGUUGCUGCCGCCGCCGGCAAGGAGAGCAGCGAAGCUACUCGCUGUACAAUUCUCUCCACAGCGGCGGCCGCCGCCGCCGCCGCAGCCACGCCCGCCGCAGCCGCCACGGCCACCGCAGCCACCGCCACCAAUGCCGAAGCUGCCUCCCCUUCCCAGAUGCUCACCGCCGCGACCGCCCAACGCAACGGACUUGCUCAGCAACCCUCCUCUGAUCAGUUGCCAGGUGGUGCUCAUGGGAAAUGGAUCCGCGAGAGGCCAAGGUGGAGUCCCAGAGAUUUUGUUGGCGAGCGUCAUAUGCACAACUGAUGGCAGCAGCGCUUACGGAACGGGCGGCUGUGGCGGCGGUGGCGGUGUCACGACCGCCAGCGUAAACGUGACUUUUGGAAAACUUCUAGCGCCUUUCGUGUCGAAAUGGCAGGGCGUGGUGGCGACACAGCGGUCGGGAGAUGACGACUGGGGGCUUACCUUUAACAACCUGCCGAACAUGCGGUUUCGGGACAGCGUCGUACGGGACUUACCGUACAGUCGUGUCGCACUGCUUCAAUGUCUCAACUGCACCAAGUCCAGGGGAGGUAUCAACCGCAGUGGGAGUAUUACCGCACGUGUCCAUGCCCCCCCCUACAUAGCGCUGUGGCCAACUCGAAAAGUGCGCGAACGGGAAGAUCCUGCCGUGGCACCGGGCGAUCAGGUCUCCGGGAAAAACCCAAGGGGGGGAGAAAGGCACAAAGAAUCCCGGCCUCGUAUGUAUGUAUGUAUAUGUAUGUAUGUAUGUACGCCACCGCAGUUGGAACUUGACAACGUCACCGUGACAGGCUUGUGGCACCCAGUCGGCAGUACGGCUGUCCUGCACGGCCCUGUCCACGCCGCCAACGUGUCGUACGCCCGCCUGCGAAACUUCAACUGCUUCGACGUUCGCGACGCGCACGGCUGGGCCUGCGUUAUGCUGCAGUACACAAACCAGACUCCAACGCAAACUCAAACUCCCGUGUACACAGCAGCCGCGCCCACACAGCAGCCUUUUCGCCCUCCGCCCAACCGUCGCCAGCCGCUGCUGCCGCCGCCAUCUCCGCUGCCGCCGCCACCGGCGUCAGCGUCAACGUCCAUGCCUCAGCUGGAACUGGUCAACUGCACGUUCCGAAGCAACACCGUAUCGAGAAGGGGCCUGUACGGCACUGGAUACAUACUCAAGGUCGUUAGACCAACGACGGGGUUCGGUGUCCCCACUACAACGCUAACCAGGGUGGGGCUGGGAAUGCUGGUGGUGACUUUUCAAGAAGCUUCGGAACCAGCGUCAAGAAGCAGCAACAGCAGCAGCGGCUACAGCCCCAACUUGGGGGGCAAUAAUGCGGUGGGAGGUGUGGCCGGCAACAGCUCUCAGCUAUCCCCAAACUCUCUGAUCGUGUCUAUGGAGGACGUGACCGCAAUCGACAACUCAGGCGGUUUCGGUACACUGCUUUCCGUUGUGAACGUUACUCGUGUGGCCGCCGUACUUCUCAGUCGGUGCCGCUUUCUAAGCAAUACGGCUGCGGGUUCGGGGGGAGUUUUCAGCGUUUCUGCGCCUAUCCGCAGCUUCAUGGUGGCAAACGGGACGCGGUUCGAGGCCAACAUAGCAGCCAACGGUGACGGUGGCGCGCUCUUCUUCACCAACAGCACGGAUGAGCUGGUCGUAAAAGGUAACAGCACUUUCAUGCGCAACGGUGCGGAAGCCGGAAGCGGUGGAUCCAUCCGAUCGAUGUCCCUGAUCGCAAAUCUGUCCGUAGAAUCUGGGAGUCUGCUGGACGGCAACUACGCCAACACCGACGGGGGUGCCAUCGCGCUUGGCGGGCUGGGGACCCUGAUUAUAUCAGGCAGCAGCUCUAUGUCGCAAAACAAGGCCAUGCGUGGCGGCGCACUUUGGGUGGCCUCCGCCGCUGCCUCAGACAUGCCGAUGGUGAUGAUCGCACCUAACAUCACGAUACAGGGCGGAUCCCGCAUUGUAUCGAACUGGGCUACUCGAUUUGGCGGCGCCGUCGCCGUCGAGGGUGGGCUUGGGCAACUUGCCGUACUUGGCGGCAGUACCUUAUCGUCCAACCACGCCAUGCUUGGUGGCGGCGCUGUGGCCGUACUGUCGGGUGAUGUCGGCGCCGUCGUGCUGUCGAACGGCUCGAGCAUCGCCGAUUGCGAUACAUUGUACGGCGACGGAGGCGCUAUUCUUGUUGCGUCAGGCGCGUUAGGGCGCCUUGAGGUGACGUCUGCCGGUGCCGUACGGAACAACGUGGCGGCGGGCGGCAGCGGCGGUGCCAUUGCCGUCGCCGCUGGUUUAAGUGCGCUUGUGCUGAGCGGCAGCGGAAGCGAAAUUUUCGGGAACUCAGCGGGAGAUGGCAGCGGCGGCGCGCUUUGGGUAAAUGCACGCUUGGGCAGCGUUUGGAUGACCGGCGGCGCGGCCAUGUACAACAACACGGCGGCGAUGCACGGUGGCGGCCUAGCCGUCGGCGGCGACGUCACUGGCGGCGUGACACUCCUUGAUGGCGCCAGUAUGUACGACAAUGUGGCGUCAGAGGGUGCCGGCGGCGCAAUCUGGGUGUCGGGCGUGCUCGGCGACGCCGGGCUGCUGCUGAACCGCAGUGUUCUCUUGUACGGCAACGCCGCCGGCACCUACGGCGGUGCCAUGUGUGUUGCAGCCGCCACUGGGCCCAUCCGCGUGCAGAACUUCAGCAAAGUGUACGGCAACGCAGCCGUUGGUGGUGCCGGCGGCGCGGUUGCCGUAUACGGCAGCUUGUCGGCUUUGGAACUUUCCCGCGACAGCGUGUUUCGAGACAACAUCGCCGCGUUGGAUGGCGGCGGCGUAUGGGUGGGCGGCAGCUUGGCCGUAUUGCAGAUCUCGGAUGGCAGCGGCGCCGCCGACAACCGUGCUGGCGGCUCCGGCGGUUUUUUGUCUGCCGUCGGUAGCGGCGGCGGCGGCGGCGGUGGAGCCGUACAGGCUGUUAUUGACAGCCGCAGCUGGCUGACAGGCAACUAUGCGGGUAUGCACGGAGGGGCAAUGGCGCUGGCAGCAUCGCACGGCAGUGUACGGCUAGAGGGCAGCGGGACCUCAAAAGUAGCAUUAAGAGGCAAUGUCGCAGCGAAGGGAAAUGGCGGCGUGCUCUACCUGACGGCGCGGGAAGGCUCCUCUGAAGACGCUCUACUUGUGUUGGUCUCCAACACCAGCAUCAGCGACAAUCAAGCCGGCGGAUCUGGUGGCGCCAUCUUCCUAGGACCGCUCAGUCCUCCCGUGAACCAGCAGCAGGCGCCGAGUUCGAGUCCUACUCAAGUCGAUCGUGUCGGACUGGUGGGUGCAUCCCUUUGGCUCUUAAGCAUCGUGGAUUCCGAGCUAAUGCAGAACACCGCGGGCGUCGCCGGCGGUGCCGUACUAGCGGCUGCUGGUACCACAGCCGCCAUACGCGUGGCCAUCGCGGAUUGCCUGAUCAGGAACAACACUGCUGGCGGCGACAGUUACAUUGCGGCGCCAGCAACUCAACCUGGCGGUGUUAGAUCUGGAUCUGGUGUUGGCGGCGCUGUGGCGGUAGCGGGACUAUCGAACGACGAGGGCAUUUGGAGCCCAGUGGAUGCGGCUGCCGCGGCGGCGGCGAAGGCGGCGGCGGGACAGCUGCCGCCGUUGCCGGCCGCUGCUGCCGGCCGCGAUGGUGGCGACACUGGCCUUGCCAGAUUAGGCAUGCCAGCGGGCGCCUUGGAUCGGAAUUCGCUUUAUCGAGUGCGCGGCUCCUGCUACGCAGACAUCUCCCACUCCUAUUUCCUUGGCAAUACCGCUGCUGGCCCCUUUGGUGAUGCCGCUGGCGGUAACGGCGGCGCCUUGUUCCUGGCGCUUUGUACGGCGCUUGUGGAGGCCAGUGCUUUUUUAGGCAACACUGCCGGGUUUUCGGGGGGGGCGAUGGCAGUCGACGCGGCGAGCAACGUCCCAAGUGAGGUGGAGGUCCAUGGGCUGAACGGCGCUUGGUGGCAUGCGUUACUCGUUCGCAACUCGACGUUCGAUAGAAAUAAAGCGCAAGUCGAAGGCGGCGCGCUGGCGACGACGACGAGUGGUAUGGUGGGCCUGCAUGGUUGUUUUUUUGAAGGCAACCUUGCAGGAGGAGGCGGCGCAGUGGCAGCUCGUCCACCGACGGAUCUCGCCGCCGCCAGGUUUGGAGCCGCGUUGGAGCUUCAGUCCUCUGGGGUGUACUCCAACGUCGCGAACAAAGAAAACGGCGGCGGCAUUCUCACCGGCUCUCUUUCUGUCGUACGCUUAUCCGGUACGGACAUUGAAAAUAACACCGCUGUUGGCAGCGGCGGCGGCGUCGCAAUCGUAGCGGAUGCAACGAUGCUGCCAGAUACGACAGGUACGACACCAGAACCAGCCGCUGCGGACCAGCCGCCGGAGCCACCAACACACGCUAUGCCGCCGGCGGCGGCACAGUGGGGACAACUCUUCGAUGAGGCUGCCGACCCGAAGCUACAGCAGCUACACCUCCGACAGGCGCGUCUACAGACGCAGCUCGUGACUGUGGAGGUUGAUGUAGCAGAUUGCAGUUUCGAGGGCAACGUCGCCAGCCAUGGCGACGGUGGCGCGCUGUUCAUUGGAGGUCUCAUGGCGGCGACGUUGGGGCGCGUGGCCCUCACAAACAACUCAGCGGGUGGCCGCGGCGAUGCAGCGUCUGCCCUGUCGCCCCUUGGCGUCAACGGCGCGAAGAGCACCUUUGUCGUACAGGGAGGCUGCCAACGCGCCGCCGCUAAUUUAUUCAAGUACGACAUCAAUACCGUUGACUUUGUCUGUUUGUGA